CUAGGACUAUUUAAUGAUGCCUAGACGAUUGCUCGAUCAUCGACUAGAUUGCUUCUUUAGUUUGGAAUCAUUCAUACAUCCUACUUUGUUCGUAAUCGUAUUCGAUCUGAAGUGCCUAUCUUCAUGAAAAUGAUCUCCAGUAGAUCACAUUUCCGCAGAAGCUCUUCGUUUGUUGUUGUAACCACGUGGCACAGAUAAUUCAAACACAUAUAGUAUCAGUUAUCCAUAUCCUGUAGCCAUCAACAGUACGAAUACGAUAGUUUCAGUGUCGUCGUGGAUGUACUUGUUGGUUUUCGUAGUUGUUGUUGCAGAAGUACAAAAAGAUGCCACGGACAUCUCAAGCAGCCAUAUCUGAGCAGGACGAGGCGUUGUGGACAAGAGCCCGCCUAAGGUGUCAGGCUGUCCAGGAUCCUAAAUGCUUGAAGAAGUUCAAAGAUAGGCGAUUUGGUGGACGAGACGAGGUAUCGAUCGCGGCUGGCGACUUGCUCUGCAACGUGAAAACAGAGCUUCCCCAUCGCCGAAUUACGGCUAUCCAUCGAUAAUUCCUAUUCCGUCCACGAACCAUUUGCUCUUCCGUCUUAGGUUUCUGAGAUGCACGACUGACGUAGAGGUAGAAGCAGUUAAAUUAUGGAGAAAGAUGAGUUGUUGAUGUUAAUCUUCAUCUUUCAGAAUUUUUUUCUUGCAUUUCUAACGUCUGGUUAAUCUUCUUCCACUUCUAACAGAGACAGCCCUUUUGUGAAGACAAUCUACGACACGGACAAAUGCGAAAGCAUUACACGAGAAAGGAUCACGCGUGCGCAGGGUGAUAAUACAGAGAAAGAGUGGCUGAAUGAGAAAGCGACAAAAGACAUGUUCUUCGAGGAGUUUACGGCUUUCCUUAUUUUUAUUAUUAUAAAUAUUUUUAAAUCAUCUUUCUAGUUCUACAUCAUCCUCAUCCAUCUCCGGCAUAUAAGUGUGGUGAGGGGUCCGCCACCUCUACAACAGCACGACUCUUCAUGGACGGUGCUGUUAGGAAGUAGUCGAAGUAACUACGACAUAAGAAGAUGAAAUAAGUAUGGGCACCAUCAUGUUUGACCACUUGUCCUCUGCAGAAACGGAAAGGGAUUCCGGGAUGCGACUAAAAGUGCGUCUACUGCUCUAAAGCAUGGCCGAGUGAAUGGGAGAUGCCCAACGAAGACGUCGCUGACACGACAGCAUGUUGUGAGGAGAGGUCGGAGCCGAAAACUUACGACAUGCUCAUAAAAGCAAGCGAGACGUGCGAGGCUGUGGAGGGCGCAUGCCUCAGCCUUAAGGCUUGAACAAGAUAGAAGGCACUGACACUCGAUUCAUAACAAGAAGAACAAGCAUCUUGGGAACUUUUUGAAGGGACACCAAGAUUGAUGCUUUGCUCGAUUUAUUUCCGGUAGUCAUUUAUUCUAACAUAAGUCAGAAGGAACAGGAGUUUUAUGGUGGAUGGACGGGGCCACAAGCUAAGGACGUCGUAGAGCCGGCUGGUGAGCGUCUGUGUGGUAAUGUGAGCGGGAACAAGGGGGAUGGCUCCAUCUUCAAUGACCCCUUCCUGCAGAAGAUAGUGGAGGACGGUUAUUCGUGUGGCAGCAUCACACGGGGAAUGAUCAAGGAGGAAAUCAAGAAUAGCGUAUCACUGAAGAACCCAGGCUCGUUUAGGAGUCCGGAAUACCUCUACCCAGAAAAGUAUUAUUUUCUUCAGGAUCGUUUCGGGACCAGCAAGUACGACGAAGAGUCUUUCUGGGAGUCACAAGUAGAAGAUGACAAUACUAAAUGCUGCAAGGAGACCACGAACAAGCCAAAGCCAAAGACACCAAGGCCAGCACCAGCAGCUUUACCACAAUCACAACUACCAGCACCAGCACCAGCGCCGAUGACGCAGGUACCGGCAUUGCCAAAACCAGCCUGCGAAUUCGUACGAAACUUACGGUCUGGACUUCAUUAGAAAUUGAUAUUGAAGAUGCAUGUGAAUGAAGUGAUUUGAUGUACUUAAGCAGAUGUUGACGAAGAUAAGCCCCACUUAUGGAGGUGGAGAAGAUGAGUAGCUCUUCUAACAGCUGCCUGCAUGGUUGCGCGUCACGUACCUGUAAUUCCUGAGAAUACUCAAGCGAAUUAUAGAAGCAUGCGCCGCGAAGGGGAAGGUUUGACCGACGCUAAGAAAGUAGAGGAAGCCGGCAGGCAUUUUUGCAACCUCAAAGCUGAUGUCCUCGACAAGGAUCAUUAAGACUGGUUGUAGUAUAAAAUAUGUAGUGCAUCUUCACGACCGCCAAGGACCGUUCAUCUCGACUUUCUUUUUAGUAUGAAGAAAGACGAAUCAGCAGUAUGCCUAUGUCAGCGAUGAAUCUUUUAGUUUUAAUCAUUGCUCUCCUAGAUUUUUUCUCGAAUUAUAUAUACUAUAUCUAUAGCAACUAUUACUAGGGAGAUGUAAGUCAAGAUGCUUCCUUUUCCUGCAGACCCUAGGUCGUGUUCGUAUUUUUGUAACCUAUUUAUCCACUAAGAUACUUCGUUUCUCAGCGACAGUACAAACAAUCCAGCCUUUAUACGAUACGAAGGCGCUAUCGCGAACGAAGGCUGCAAAGGUAUCGACCUAGCAUUCAUCAGGACGAUGGCGGAUGGCGAUAAACUCCAACUGUAGGAAGACUUUUGCUAUCUCAGACUUCGGAUUUCACUAAAGCCCAGUAGAUAUUCUUACACUACUGGCACGGGCAAAAAAGGAGGCCAUCUGCAAGAUUUUUGGCGCGCACUAUCCAGCUCUGGUGGUCAUUUUCGUCUUAGCGACUGAAGCGGCUCCCGUUUUACACUUCUAGUGAAUUACAUCUGCGGAAUAUUCGCUAGACGUGGUGGUAUAUACCAAGACCUCCUCGUUAUACGUCAUACUUCUUACAGUUGAAAAAACGCAGACAAGAACUUCCAAGUCCAACUAAGGUUCAUCGAUAUUAUUAAAUCUCAACGAUAUUCCACAAGAACAAAUGAUCAAUUAUACUUGUCGCCAUCCAGCAAGAAGCGCGAGAACGUAACCACCCAAGUAGCCGAGAACGUAGGUAGGUGACCCGAAAUAUUCGUGCACCAACUGGAUAGUAGAAGUACUCGAAAACUGAAAAUAACCGAGCUACUGACUGAAAUAAGGGAGGCAGCUUUGACAGGGCUACUCUUCCUUGUUCGGUAUCUCGCUUAUUUUAAGUAGUUAUACUCGCUUAUUUCAGUUUAUCGAAUAUAAUAUUUAUUAAGUUGACCAAGCUAUUCACUAGACGUGGUGGAAAGUCGGCGUCUCUAGUUUCGCGGUAUAUCUUACACAAACCGGAGGACAUUCUUGAAGACUAGAAGCGUACAUAAAGGAGGGUGGCCAAUAAUUUUUUAAAGGGCCUACUUGCUUCCAUUUCGACACCAAAGAUCUCCUGGAGUUUCGUGUAAGCCUGCCAAGUCUGAGAUAGCAAGAGUCUUUCAUCACUACGGACUCCCUGCUGACUGGCAAAGUGUUGCUAUCGCGGCGAGGGAAAGCGACGCACAAGAUAUUAAGGAGGGUCGUUUUCCGUAAUCGUAGUGCAUAAUGAUUUGAGAUUUUGAUGAUCGAGGAUGGUUGACGCUGAUUCAAAUAAAAACAAUUUUGGUUCACCUUCUUGAAAAAUUGCAAUCAAUGCUGGAACAGGACAUACGUCACGGCCAGGAGAGCAUCAAAAUUAGACUAAGCGCAAGGUAGCCCAACUUCAAUGGCUAGGGAUUUGGAUGAUGUGCUUCAUCAUCCUCCGCGAUGUCGCCCUUGUCUUGUGACUAGUGCCCAUCUGCGCAAGCACCGGAUAAAUAUGAGGAGACAAAGCGGCUGGCCUUUGUUGUUAUUUUAUGAAUAUCCAUCAGGCUUAGUGCCUUUCAAUUUCAUCCGCCUAGGCUAACUAGAUCGCGGCCGUCGAUCUUCAUCAUCUAAGUAAGUAACCACUUACUCCACUCGCUAGCGACCUUUUUAGUCAAGGGUCUUAGGAGUUUGAUCUUGGUACUGAUGGUGAUGCUGAUGAUGUUGGUCUUGGUGCUGCUGUCGUGUUGGUCUUCUUGCUCUUGUUGUUUCCUUGAUCAUGAUGCCCGCGGGUCGUUAUGCUGUUGACUUCAGUACUGGCAGGAUGAUCCUUAUGCCCAUGCUUAAGAUGAUUCCUCGUUUGCAUUUGGGGGGCGACAGCGUAUGCGGUUGCUAUCAUAUAUGAGCCCCUUGCUGUUCUUGUUCGUUCUUGUGUGAAAGAAAACGAGUGCUGUUAUGUUUUUCGAAUUAAGUAUUCAUAUUUUGAAGGAUUCUAAUGUCCUUAAGAAUACUGAGCAAUGUUGUCGGUCUACCUCGCAACCAGUGGAAGGGGGGCAGCAGCAGCGUCAGCAGCAACCGCAGCCUCAGCAGCAGCCACUGCAACCACAACUACCGGAGCUUCAGGCUGAGCAAGCGCCUGGUGCUCCCAAUGCGCAAGAGCUGCAGCAGCCGUCUGCCCCAGAGCAGCAGACGACUGCUCCUAAAGUAGACGCGACCUCACCACACGCAGAAAACGAGCAGGAGGCGGCGCGCAUUGGAGUAAAUGCUCAAUGUUGUGCGACCACAGCAACAUUUCUCCAGGAAAAAGAGCAACCAGCCUGGACAGCCCUUCGAGGUAAUUCUAGCACUUAUUGUUUAUUUGAUAUGUAGUUUGCAAUCAUGGACGGCGACAGACUUUUUUAGUCUACAAUUUACUUCAAAACUUCGCUUGCUACAACUAUCAUUGUUGACAUAUUUAUUAUUUAUUUCCUUCCUAAGAAUAAGAAACGAAGUGUAAGAACUCUAUGUAUCUCAAUCUUCUCUAAGUAAAAGUUCAUGUUUCGUUCGACCUUGUUCUAUUCGCUUGUUGAAGAACAUUUUUUCUCAUCUCGCAGGUUCUCGUGGUUUUUCAAGCAAGAGUCCAGAAGCGAUGACGUCGGUGGCUAUUGCGAUGGGCCUUGUGGUCCUCUCAUUUGUAUUGUUUGCCCUGGUCUAUCUGUUUCGCUCUCGCUGGCUGCGCACGGGACGAAAGGAAAAGGAGGCACAUGGUACUUCGUCAAGUAAAGACAAUGCUAUGUAUAUUUUUAUAUUUAUAUGGCGUUUUAGGAAAUGUACGGGUGUAUUAGAUUAGUGUUAGUUAUGGACCUAAUAAAGAUUAACUAUUCCACUAUCGUCUAGAACAACUGCAUUAUAUGGCGUCUUUGUCUUAGUGUGGCUUGGCUUAGCUAUUAGGAUCAUGGAUCCUCAUCAAAAAUGUUGGAUUUGGAAUAUUCUCAAUUUUUCUUUCUGACAUCCAAACCAGAACUCUCGACUUCUCCAGGUAAGAAAAUCGCUGGCCACGUAGCCUACGGGUCAAUUUCGGAUAGCGGUCGCGUGUUGGACGCAUCCGCCACAUUGUAGAGAUGUACACGGCCCACGCUGGUCGUCGUGGUUGUCGUUGUGUAUGGAAAUGGAAAAUGAAUAGUCGUAUCGUUGUCGUGAUAGAUUGAGAAUGAAAUUAGAGACACUGAAUGAAGAUUAGAAGCAUUAGUUUACUAUCGUGAUACUGAAAAAGAAGAUUCGUUGUAGACAGUAAGGAUUACAGUACUCUUGCAUAGAAUUAGAGAAUAGAUCAAGAUAGUCUGCAUGGAAUUAGAAAAUAGAUCAAGAUAGUCAUAGUAGUUCUGUUAGUUUUGUCGGAAUUCAUCUUGCAUGGUUUCUUCUUCAACUGUAGUUGUACUCCUAGAGCCCAGUAAUACGAAAAUGAGUCAUCUCUUACUAAGUACAUGAUCUCAGCUGAAGAUAUUCAAACGUAGUUCUGACGUACAUAUUAUUUCCACCACUGGUCUUAAAUAUAAAAGGAUCAUGAAACUUCUCAGCUUACCACAAUAACUAGAAGAGAAUGAAAAUGAAACUACUUACCUCAUCUAAAAACGAAAUACAGUGAAUCACAGUAAUAGCCUAGAGCAAAGUUUUUGAACAGCUUACGACACCAUUGAUUUUUUCAAGAGAAUUUGCAUUAUCGAUAUUGAACAGCGACGAAGUGAUGAAAAGAUGCGGAAACCAUCGUGCAUAAGAUUGAAAAUGAAGCGCCACCAUCAACCUAAGUAGAUCCCAGAGCUUCGCGAUCCAGCACGUUUCUCACUUACAAAACAGGCGAAGCCUUUCUAUUGCACACGUUCUUAGUUCACAUAUUGUUUGUCAAGUCAGUCAGAACAUCAUACAAGAACAGGCAGAAACUCCUUACGAAUGAUACAAUCUAUCAGAGCCUGACGCGAGCCAUUUAGACGAACACGCACCUCGACACACGCAACAAGUGCCAACGAUAUAUAAUAGCAUCAAGCAGAACUUCCACAUCACACCAGUUGAAAACAUCACCACAGUUGAAACAACUCGAAGAAAGAUCAUCAGCGUUGAUUAUAGGCGUAUUGUCAUCAUCGUAAGGACAUACUUACUUACAACGUUGCACAUCAAAGCGAUAGACUCACGACACUCAUGUAUUAACUUCAACGCAAUCCGUAGCCAGCAGUUUCAAUUGUAUCAAAAUCCGGACUAGUAGUUGUAGCACAGUCUGGCUUUGGAAGAGCAAAGAAAAACGAUCAGGACAACAA